AUGGAGAUAUUUUUCAUUGGAAAAUUUUCAUUGCAGGAUUUCAUGGAAGAUUAUGAGGUAGCUGUACCUUUUCAAUCUCUUCAGGCUCUAGGAUGCGUGGUUGAUGCAGUUUGCCCCAAGAAAAAGGCUGGUGAUACUUGCCCGACUGCCAUUCAUGACUUUGAAGGCGAUCAAACUUACAGUGAGAAGCCAGGACAUGACUUUGCCUUAAAUGCAACCUAUGAUGAUGUGGAUGCCUCGAGCUAUGAUGCUCUUGUCAUACCUGGAGGCCGAUCCCCCGAGUAUUUGGCAUUGAACGAGUCAGUUAUUGCCUUGGUGAAGCAUUUCAUGGAAAAGAAGAAGCCAGUGGCAUCUAUUUGCCAUGGGCAACAGAUUUUAGCUGCUGCUGAUGUUCUGAAGGGAAGAAAAUGUACGGCAUAUCCGGCUGUGAAGCUUAAUGUGGUUCUAUCAGCAGCGACUUGGUUGGAACCUGAUCCAAUACACCGCUGCUUCACUGAUGGAAAUUUAGUAACUGGAACUGCAUGGCCAGGGCAUCCUGAGUUCAUUUCUCAGCUGAUGGUUCUCCUUGGUAUUCUUGUAUCUUUCUAGUUGUAUUUUUGUACCAUGAGUGUAUACUUGGUACUGACUAUCUUUCAACUUGUUACUAUCUAUGCAUGCAUGUUCAGAUGUCCACAAAAGUCUUGUGAAGUGUGUGCUACGUGAGGCUAAUGUUAUGUGGCUUUGAGAAUAAUUGAGUUGUAUAUAAUGGAAUAAAGUCGCCAUCUUUCUUUCUGUACAAUCCGUUGCCUUGGCUAGAAGUAAUAUUUUUAGAUGGCUAUUUGGAUGGUUUGCUGAA